AUAUUCCAUUGCCAUCCACAGCUUCUAAUCGAUCAGCGUGUAUCCUAUCAGGCUGACAUGCUGGACUGCGCCAAGGAGAGAACAAACUCCACCCUACACUGCCUGAAAGACAAGCUGGAUAACUUAGAAGGUCUUGUCAACAAUAAUUCAGUUGUGGCAAGAUCACUCACUUCAACACAUACCAGCGUGGACAGUGAAACCUCCCUUAAUAAUGAGCUUGGCAGGGGAAGUUCUGACAGAUAUCCACAGCAUGAUACCUCACCAGUCAAGAUAAUAUCAAGCAAGUACAGACCAGUCAGGAGGAUAUCAAAACCAACACAAGAGGUACAGCAACCACCCAGAACAUCAGUACCAUCUUGUACUUUUGCAAGCAAGCCUCAUCAUCAAACCUGUCCAGAAAGAACAGAGCAACCAAAGCAAGGACACACAGCAUCCUUCUGGCUUGCUCCGCUACAUUUGAGGUCAAAUUUGAAGUUGUCUGCGAAGUCGAGGUCCAUGAUGGUGACUGGAGGGAUGUGAACACUUUUUCGCCUUGUCAUUCGCCUUAUUAUGCUAGUUGUUCAGCAGUUAAGUAACAGUAAGUGGCAUUUAAGUCACUUAAGACAUGUUUGCAUUGACUUACUUUUGCCAAAAAAAGUUAUAACACCGAUUGUUCGUUAUUUUUUAUUUUUGGCAAUUUUUACCUAUAGUCGCACUAGGAUUGAUUUUGGUCAUUGGAAAGUCAUUUGCUAUAUAUCUGUGCCACCACUUCUUCUGACCUAAUCUUCUGACCAGAGGUCUAGAAAAAAAUGUAAAUGCUGACAUAUAUACAUAACAGGGUUCAAAUCCAGCUGCUGGCCAAAGUUGUGUCCUUGGGCAAGCCACUUCACCCCCACUUAUCUUCACCCAGGAGUAUAAAUGGGUACCAGCAUUUACCUGUGAUGGACUGGCAUCCCAUCCGGGGGGAUAGAAAUAUUCUGUCAUUGCAUGCCGCUGAAACUGGAGAUAAACAUCAGCUUGAUGGGCCAUAUUGGCUUCUGACAGAACAUUAUGUAUCAAUCCUUACAAUCAAUUGAUAUAUACAUGUGUACGUAUUGAUUUAUUUAGAUUUUUUUCAUCAAUUUUUUACAAUGAAGGAAAACUGACAAGGUUUAUGCAUAAUAAUUAUAAGUGGAAAAGAGAAAUUGACUGAAGAUUUAAAAAAAUAUAUAUGUAUAUAACUAACCAUUAUUAUCUCAAUUCCCAAAUCAGUCUGUGUGCUAAUUUUUUUUUUUUGAAACAAUUUACAAUUUCUGCACACUUGUAGGAAUUGCCAGGAAAGGUCAAAAAUAAAAUCUGGAAAUCACAUUCAAAUUCAUCACUUUGUAAAGGUUAGUAAAGUCAAUUUAUGAUCAGGGAUAUGCAGUACUGGUCAGAAUAUAAAGUUUCUAUGAAAAAAUUACAAUGUUCCUUUUUUUUUUAUCUUUCUCGUCAGCCUUUCUUUUUUUCUGCAAGAAUACAAUACCAUUGUACAGGGUGAGUAAAAGAAAUAUCCCUUUUGGAUCAGGGGUGGCGGAAGGCUUUUCAA